AUGGCAGAGGGAGUGAGAAGGGAGAGAAGUGACAGCGUGGGCAGCGCGAGUAGUACGGAAGAUCAGCUGAAAAGAAAGAGAGAGUUACUAGGAAGAGACUCGUUAGAGCGGGAUAGAGGGUUAGCAGACAUAUUUAAAAGGAGCAAGAAAGUGAUGAGAUCGUCGGAAGGGAAGGAAGGGGGAAGCGUGGAAGAGGAGGUUUGGAAGACAAUGUUAAAGGAAAUAAGAGUGGAGUUGGGGGAGGGAUUGAGACAGCUAAGUAAAGAGAUAAAAGAAGUGGCGGACAAUCAAAAAGAAAUAAUAAAAAUGGAAAUAGAAGAGUUAAAAGAAGAGCUGAAGAGAAGAGAGGAAUGCUGGCAAAAGGAGAGAAGAGAACUGAGAGAAGAGUUGAAAAAAUUAGAACGAGCGGAAGAAAUGAAGAAGGAGAGGAGGAAUGUGGAAGAAGGGGAAGAGAAGCAGAAAGAGACAAAAGGGGCAACAGUGAUGGAGGAGAGAGUAAAACAAAUGGAAAAGUUAUGGGAGGGAAGAGAGAGAGAGGAGAGGAGAAGGAAUAUUGUGAUAAAAGGACUGAAAGAGAAAGGAGAAGACAGGAGCGGAGAAAUUAAAGAGAUAAUGAAGGAAAUUGGAGUGGAGAUGAAAAAAGCUGAGGGAGGAAGAAUUUGGAUUGAGGAGGAUCUGUCGUGGGAGGAGAGGAGGAUAAGAUGGAAGCUGAAGCAGAUAGCAGCAAAAGAAGGAGCUAAAGAAGCCAGCGUCUGGAUAAGCAAAGGAAAAUUAAGAAUAAAUGGAGUAUGGUGGUGGUGGGAUGAGGCAAAGGAAGAAUUAAGAGAUGGUAGGGGAAGGAAAUGGGUGAAGAGAGAGGAGGGAGUGGAGCAAAUUGGAGACAAAGAAGAAAGAGGGAAUGAAGGACAGGGAAAAGGAGAGAGGAAGAAUUGA